AUGCGGUCCGCCAGCUUCAUCACCGCCGCCGUCCUCCUCUCCACACCAUGCUUUGCCUGGCCUCCCAGGUUCGAGGAUGUGCCUGCGCCGGCGCCCACACCCCGAGCAGUCAUUGAUCUGGCUGCGAGAGCCACGACCACCUUCGAUCUCUCCUUCACUGGCGUACAAGGCAACACAGCAACAACCAACGUCAUCACGACCACGAACAGCAAUGGUGCGACCGUCACGGCGCCGGCGAGCGGCGGCGGCAAUAGCACCAACAGUGCAGGUGGAAACAACAACGGAAACAACACAUCUUCGGGCAUUGAGUUCGAUCCGCGUCUCCCCGCCGGCGGUGUCGCCAUGAUCACACCCAACACCGCCUUGGCCGUGCCGACGUAUUACAAGGUGAAGGACUGGGUGACAUUCGCAUGGAACUACACAUCGCUCUCUGUGACGCCCUCCGCCGUCGAUGUGCUGGCCACCUGCCUCGCCAACCGCGCGACCUACACCAUCGCUUUAAACCAGACCAUCCCGACUGGAGGUGCCCAGACGGUGCUCUGGGACACAGGCGCCUACCAGGCCACCGCCACACAGCCGCUUCUCACCGAGACCUACACCCUGAUCAUCCACGAGGCAGGCCAGCCCGUCACCGCGCGGCCUUCCUCGGGAUACCUCGCCCCCUUCUCCGGCCUGACGUUUGGAAUGUACGUCCCGCAGUCCCCGGUGCCGCUGAACGAAUUCGUCUGCGCCACGUGCAGCGGGGCGGUGACGGGCAUGGAGCGGCAGACCGUGUUCAUGGUCCUGGGAAUGGCGGGUGUCACGAUCGCGAGCUUCACCUGGUUCAUCGGAGUGGCUGGGCUAUGGUGA